AUAAUACUCUCGUUCAAACUGACUAUCACAUGUAUCGAGAGAGGAAAUGUAAUCAGAUGGGUAAACAUUGACAAGAUGAGAUGUUAACUUUAUAACAUUUUAACAUACCCUUUGUGUUUAAUUAGUUUUAUAUGCUGUAACUUCUUAAAAAUGGAAAUCAGUCGGUUAGUUUGUUGUUUUUUUUUAUUUAUUGGAAGUGUUAUUGGUGAAGAAAGUAUUGAAGAAGAAGAAUAUGGAGUGAAAUAUGCUUCAAGCUGUGAAGUCUGUAAAUAUGUCGUCGUGGAAUUAGAAAACAGGUUGAAAGAAACUGGAAAGACCCAUGACGUUAUUGAAAUCGGUUACGGCCUGGACGAUAAGGCUAAAAAGAAAAUAAAAUAUACUAAUACAGAAUUGCGACUCCUAGAAUCCUUAGAGGGAAUAUGCGACAGGUUACUGGAUUAUAACAUUCACAAAGAGAGGAAAGACAGUACACGAUUUGCAAAAGGAAUGAGUACAACAUUUAAAGUAUUACACGAUCUCGUGGAUAAAGGUGUGAAGGUAGAUUUGGGAAUACCAUAUGAUUUAUGGGACAAACCAUCAGCAGAAGUUACGAAUCUUAAAACACAGUGUGAGAAUUUAAUAGAAAUGCAUGAAGAGACAAUAGAAGAUUGGUACUAUAACCAUCAAGAGAUUCCGUUAAGACAAUUCCUUUGUAUUGACCGUGCUCUUAGGAAAGGAGACGAUGGUUGUUUAGAUGAAGACCUUAAAUUAGAGAAGAAAGAAAAGAAAAAGAAAUCAAAAGAGAGCCGAAAGAAAAGCGAGUCAAAAUCGAAAGACAGCUCGGAAAGUAGAGAGCCAGAAAAAUCCAAAGCGAAAGAUAAAGAUGUAAAGGGUGACAAAGACGAAUUAUAAUAUCUUUAAAAUGGUAACUAAACAAACAAAUUGUGUCAAUAACUUCGGGCAUUAUAAACAGUUUUGAACAAUUCUCUAUUUUUAUUUAGUAAAUCGAAAAAUCAGGGAAAAAGAAUAGUAGUAUUUUGGCAUUCCAUUUUUGAUACCAAACUAAAUUUUUAAAAUGAAUAUUUUUUUAUCUUUAGUUGUUAUUAUCUUAUGAAAUUGUUUUAUGUGGAAAAUAUUUAAGAUCUCUAUAUUAUUAAUAGCUUUUGUAUCUGAUUAAAAAAUGAGCAACAAAAUUGAACGAGACCUUUCCUUUGGCAUUUAAAGAACUAGAAUAUAAAUUUUUGUAUGAUAAAUGUUCUAGUUUCUUUUCAGUUCUAGUCUUUAUAAAUAAAUUUCACAUAAAAGAAAGAAUUGUUUCAAUAAAUCUGUUUUCCAUUCUUAAUGCAUGUCAUUAAAGUAAAACAAAUUAAAUCCAACAUCUGGAAAAAGACAUUGCUAAUUUUCAAAUUACACUUACUUUUAUCAUUUUUUAAAAAAACAUUGAAUAAGCUCUAUAAAAUUUGAUUUUAGUUUACAGUUACAGUUCUCAGAAUAUUAAUGUUGAAUUUCAGAUAAGAUAAUUUUUUUGUCUGGAGAAUUUGCCAAAUGUUUGGUUUCUUGUUGAUAAUGGAGUGAAACCUAAAAACUUAUGUGCCUCAAUUUCUCUUUCUUACAAAAACUCAAUUUCAUCUUUCUUACAAAAUUAUUUAAUUUUAUGUACAGUGGAAUCUGCUUAUUGUAAUUGUGGAUAUUAUUAUCAAGUCAUUUAAAGUUACCAAAAUUAGCAUACAUAAAACAUCAUCAUCAUCAUCCAUUCCUGCUGAUACCCAAGGGUGUACUGUACAUGGUGAAAAAAUCAAACUUUUAUACUACCAUCCACUAAUUUUUCCAAACUCUCCUAUCAACAGACAAGUUUUUAGCCUGGAUUAAAGUUAAAUUCCUUUUCUCUAAAGUCUGCUUAACACUAUCAAUCCACUUUCAUGUAGGCCUUUGGUUUUUUUCUCUUUGAUUUUACCUUCGAAUACCUGUUUGGCUAGUCGGUCUUCUCCUGUUCUUUACAAAUGGCCAAACCGCCUCGGAUUAGCCUCACUCUCUACUGAAUAUUUGUUAUCUUAAGGUUUUUCCUUAUGUCUUCAUUUUUAAUAUGAUUUUGUCACCAUAUCCAUCUAUUAACACCACUAAUUUUUCUAAAAACUCUCAUUUCUGUUGCUUCUAAUCUUUGGUCAAUUCCCUUAUUUCUAACCCAACUGUCAAAACCAUAUGUUACUAUAGGAUUAAAAACUAUGUUGUACACAGCUAGUUUCAUCUUAUGACUUAUUUCUUUCUUGUUCCAGAUAUAUUUGAUCAAUUGGCUCUUUGCCUGACCUGCCUUGUUUAAUCUAUUGCUGAUUUCCAAAUCUAACUUUCCAUCUUCACUAAAGAUGAGAACUUAUUGACAUGUUCUAAGCAUUUGUUACUAAGUUUAAACUGUUAAAGUCUCUUUUUCUCUACUAAUAGCCAUAACCUUUGUUUUCUCAUAGCUGAUUGAAAUACCAAAAUUCCUGCAACUUUCCUCUAAAUUAUUUAAAGAUUGCUAGAGGUCCUCAGGUUUAUUGCUUAGUAGGACAAUCGCACAGAGUAAAGAACCAAUUUUUAUAUUUCUGAAACUGAAGUUUGUCAAUAGUUUUGGUUAUUUUAUUUUAUCCAUGAAAAUUAUGAAUAAUAAAGGGGACAAUGUCCAUCCUUGCCUCACUCCUAGUAUUAGUUGGAACCAGUCACCUAUUUGUCCUUCUACCCUUAUAGCUGAUUUGCAAUUCCUAUACAAGCUUUGGAUUCCUGAGUGGAAUACUCUUGAUGCCCUAUUUCUUAAGAACUUCAAAAAGUAAUCAUUUCCUGAGUAGAUCAACUUAUAUUUGUUUAGGCUUGUCUCUCCAACUUUAAUUUUCUUAGUUUCAGUGAUACUUACCAUUUGUACUUAUACAUUAUACUUUUCUAGCUCUUCAGCUAGCUCUACUUCCUUUCCGUUCAGACUUCUAACAUUUAACCUAAAGCAUUUAAAUUCAAAUAUAAAUAUAGUACAGUGGGUGAUCGGUUAACGAACAUAAUCCGUUCCAAGACUUUGUUCGCUAUCCGAAUUGUUCGUUAACCGAUUAUCGAUUUACCAUAGGUUUCUAUGG